CAGAAAUGCUGGCAACUGCAAAUCUGGGCUAUGUGAGUCCUGAGACGGUGGUUAACGGCAUCAUGUCCCACGCAGCACAGGCUCUGCUAUGACUGUGGAUGUCAGUGUGAAUGACUUUACAUGGCGCUCCAAGCAAAGACAACAGGUGGAGCUCUGAUGGAAUACUUCACUGCCCCCAGAGCCAAUUACACAAUAGUAGGAGAAGCAAUAAGAUACGUCAUCCCGGCAGAAGUGCAAUGCUCGGUCGGCUGCGGAGGUCAAGCCUGCAAGUAUGACAGCCCGACUCAUUGGAGAGAUGACCAGCAGGCUAUCAAAGGCCUCUACUCAUCCUGGGUUACAGAUCAUCUUCUCGCCACAUCCAGACCCUCAACAGAGAUCAUCGAGAAAUAUCACAUUAUCGAUCAAUUCAGAAGGAAUGGCAUCAAAACACUCAUCAACCUACAGUUACCUGGCGAACACGCCCACUGUGGGAACCCUCUGGAGCCGGAGAGCGGCUUCUCAUAUCGCCCAGAGGUCUUUAUGGAAAACAACAUUUAUUUCUACAAUUUUGGCUGGAGUGACUAUGGAGUGGCCAAUCUCACCACUGUGCUGGACAUGGUGAAGGUGUUGGCUUUUGCCCUGCAGGAGGGAAAAACAGCCAUCCACUGUCACGCUGGUCUUGGUAGAACAGGUGUGCUGUUAGCAUGUUUCUUGGCCUACGCUACCAGGAUGACCGCAAACCAGGCUAUCUUAUAUGUGCGCGCUAAACGUCCCGGCUCAAUCCAGACCAGAGGUCAGCUUCGUUGUGUCCGGCAGUUUGUCCAGUUCCUCGCCCCGUUGAGGAGCGUGUUCUCCUGUGCUGAACCCUGGUCUAACCCAGUCACGUUGACCCAGUACCUGAACCGUCAGAGACACGUCCUGCAUGGCAACGAGAGGAAGGAGCUGAGGCACCUACCAAAGAUUGUCCGGCUGAUAUGUAGACUGCUGAUGGACAUUGCAGAUAAUCGAGAGGUGAUUGAGGAGGACAUUCUGGAGGCCCCUGAUAUUUAUGACAUAGAGAUGACUCUGUCCAUGAUUGAGAAGCUGGGCCCUGGACUAUUUGCAAAUAGGCCCCGCUUACCAGGUACGCCGACCUUACCCAGACAUUUCAAUGAGCCGGCCAUCUUCUACCACCGCAAAAGUCUGAGCUACAGCGAGUCCGACUUGAGAAGACUGGGCUCAGAACUCAAUCUCCUCACGCAACCUCUCCAAUCCCUGUCCCAGAAUAAUGUUGACAUGUCUGUUGUACAGUGUCAAGGUUGGGGCAGCAACACAUCUGACACCUUGACAGGCUCACUGUGGCAUCUCAAGAAUGUAGAGAAGCAAAAAGAUGGAUCCAUUCUAUUGAAGAAAGUGAAGUCAAGCCCCAAAAUCCAGCGCAGUGAGUCCAUGGGAAACAAUAAUCCUGUCAAAAAAGGGUGCAUGCUGUCCAGGUGGAAGGUUGAGCAGAGGGAGGAGCUGGUGAUGAAUGGGUUGAAGUCAGGCGGCACGGAGUCAGAGGUGCCGUUCAUCACCUUGCAGUCAGAGUUGUCCCUGGGCGCCAGGAGGGUGCUCGUGGCUCAGGCCCUGGCAGUGGACCUUUUUCAGGACGGGGAGGAAGAGCACAAGUGCAAAGUCUUCGCCUGGCAGGCGGAGCUGAACCAAGGUGGUGCGUGGGAGAGGCUGUGUAUGGAGCGGGAUCCCUUCAUCCUCACUGGACUCAUGUGGGCAUGGUUGGAGCAGUUAAAAGAGCCCGUGGUCUCCAUUCAGGAUGUCAAGACCCUGAAUCCCGACAACACCGAUGCUCAAACUGUCCUCAACACACUUGACCAGGCUCCUAAAGAAACAUUAUCAUGCAUACUGGAUUGUCUGGCUCAUAUGCUGAUGAUACCAGAGGAGGUUGAACACGCAUUCCUGAAUCGUAUCAUCAAGGCUUUCACCUGGAUGGAUUCCAACUCGGAUGAGGGGAGAAGCGUGUACGAGUCCAUGACAAGAGUCCUUCGGUGUGUCCUCGAGGACAUGAGACGUAUGGCCAGCAGCACAGAGGGGGCACCUUGGUCUCCCUUCUCUUCACAUUGCCUGCCAUACAUGUAAACGUGGUGGAAGAGAAGAGAAUGCUCGUGUGCCUUGACAAUAUCGUGUCAAAUUUAAUAAGCAAGUUUGUCAACGUGGGCUAAAUAUGAGCACUUGUGUAGUUUAUUGCAGUUAAUAUAUGACUAUAACUUGCCAUAGUGUUGUGGAGGCAACAUAUUGAAGAAAAUUGUUUUUUUUGCAAUACAACAUGCCUUAAACCUGCUCACGUUCUUUAUUGAUAUACAUAAGGUCCAUAAAAUAAUAGUCAUUUUCUCAUUAAUCAUAAUGUAACAGACAGUGUAUAAAUGCCAUACUGCUUCUCUCUUUUUUUGUACACUGACCUACAAAUACAAUCGUAUUAUACACAGAAAAUAUAACCAAGAGUGAAUAAUAAAACCAAAUGUUAAUCUUUU